UUAUCACUGUCAUUCACAAAUGUUUCAAAUAAAUAAUCGGAUUUAUCACUUUCAAGUAUUUAUUUUCAACUAUGAACAUAAUAUUAUGACAUGAUUUUACCACAUGAUUUUAAUUGAAAGUUCGUAGAAGUAGCCAAAUGUAUUGCUCAAAUAAGAGGAUGUGCUAAAUAAAAAAAAAAAAAAAAAAAAAAACGAUGGAUUUUAUAACGACAAUACUUAGUAUAGUUGAUGUUUUGAUGCUGCAUCGAAAAAAAUUAUAUAUUCUCUUAAAAGUUAAACUAUAAUCAUAUUCUUUAAUGUUUUUGAUAAACAUAUUAAAGAAGGCACAAGAACGACUGUGAAUCUACGGAUACUUGUUAUGUAAAUCUGUUUUGAAGAAAAUGACCUUUGACUCGAUUUAACAUCAUCUUAGAUAAAUACCAUUCAAUAAGGUCAAAAUCACGUGGCAAAAAUUAAAUAAACACAUGAUUUUGCGCGCAUGUUUUACUGCAUUGAAAUCGACAUAGACUGGUGCCAACAAUGGAUCCCGACUACUUUCUAGCAGUGGCAAUAAUGCUAGCUGUUGCCAACGUCUGUCAUGCUGAAUGCCAAACACGCUCAGUUUACUGUUACGAAUGUGAUUCAUGGACAGAUCUCAGAUGCAAGGAUCCUUUCAAUUACACUGCGCUUCCAAGAGAUCAACCACCACUCAUGACCUGUAAUGGCUGUUGUGUUAAAAUGGUCCGCAAUGCAAAAUCACCAUACGAGAGUGUACGAAGGACAUGCACUUCACAAUUGCAAAUAAACUUAUUCAUGGUGGACCACGUGUGCAUGAUGGAAAGUACCGGCACUGGUCACAUGUGCUUCUGUGAGGAAGAUAUGUGCAAUAGGGUAGCUCAUUCCUCAAGCUCAAAUAAAACUCUCCUGAUCCUAUCUACUUUAUUCCUAAUCCUUAGUUCGCUCGUCAGGAGCUAAGGCUUGCUUAGUAGGUCGCUGUGAUUAUCACCACUGUAUUUACAUUACAUUCUUUAUUCUUAUCUCCUGUAGAGGCCCUAAAAAGUUUUAAAAUACACUUAAUUAUUUAAGCGUGAAAUUAGUAAAAGCCGUUCAAAAUUUUUUUAUAAAUAUUUACUAUAAUUCGUCAUAACUUUUUUUAACGUAAAUCAUAAAAAUUCCAUAGCUAAAUAUUUAACUCAUUAGUUAAUAUUUUUCAAAAUUAAUAACUUAGCAGUUUAAGAAUUUGUAAUAUUAAAGAAGUAUGAAAAGUGGUUGUUUUAAUAGACAUUUCUUCAAUUUUAAUCCGUGCUUAGCAUAGGGGUCUAUCUGAUAAAAUAUUAUUUUUUUUUAUUAAAUCUUCAAUAACGUUUUAAAUACUCGGUAACAAAAAUAUUAUAGCUAUUAGAAAAUAAUAAAUUUUAAAUACUAAGAAUAGAUAAAGUAAUUAUUGAUUGAUAGUUAUUAAGAAUAAUUCCUCUAAAAUCAAUUAUUACGGAAGUUUAUUUUUAAAAAAUCAUUUUUUAUAACUUAUUUAUUUGAUUGAUUUCUUUCACACUAUUUUAGGAGUAGUAUUCACAUAUAUACUCUUGACUUUUUCUCUGUCCUAACUCGUUCGAUUUACUGUCGAACAAAAAACAAUAAACUAUAGUACGCAUAGAUAGCGUCUUUCACGGCGUGUUUACAGCAUGUUCACCAAUUAGCUGUGUUACAAUAAAAUACCAACUGGAAAUAAUUUUAGUCGAGUAGACCUUAUUAAAUUUUAAUUACUUAAAUAUUAAAACUAAAAUUACAAUUACAUUUAAACAUUGCUGCAACCAACUGAAUAAUUAAUAAUAUUAAUUUCUAGUUGGAUUUUAUAAAUUAAAUUGUAUGUAGAUAGUAAAAAUAAGUCUAGAUAAAAUAAGUAUUAAGUUGGAAUGAGAAAUUGAAAAUCUUUUAAUGUAUGAACAAAUGGUACAGGUGUAUGAAACAUUAUUUGAACGUCAACUAUCUAUUUGUUGUUAAUACGACUCAGCGUAUUUUUUUUAUUCAUAAUGAUUAAAAAAAUAAACUUGGUUCAAAAGAAAAAAACGUGAACUGAGAAAAUAACUUUAAGACUUUGAUUAUCUUAAAUCAA